ACUGAAUUACUAUGUCUACCGUAUUGGAAUACGAUGAUAUUUGCAGUAUUAAACGCCAUGCACAACCUCUUUCUUGGAGAAUUGAAACAACAUCUGACUAUGAUUUGGGGGAUGUCAGCAGUUGGCGGAAACCCUGAAGACUCUUCAAAAUGCAUGCCCCACACUCCAGCAGAACAAGCCAAAAAAAUUGAGGGCAUGAUAAGAGCACUACAGGAGCAGUCAGCUUCCCACCUCUAG